CUCAGAAAUCACAGUUUACUGAUGCAUAUCCCUCAUAUUAACUCUCCAGAUUGACGGUAUACUCCUCUACAAUAUCCGCUGUAAGAUGAAAUCCAGCGAUGCAUAUUUCUCACGUCGCCGGAGAAAGCAGCUUCAGUAUCUUUCAAUCAUCAAUCCCCAAAGUCAAGAAACAAGUCAUCUCAUCUAUAUAAACCAUGAAACCAUCACACCAAUCUCAAAAGCAUCAUCGCUCACAACGGUCUUCACACCCUGACAUCUCCAGCUCCAGCUCUCCUCCAGACAGUAUCUAAACAGUUGUUCUCGAGAGAAUCUCACUCGUCCAACCCAAGAUACCACUUAACAUAUAGUAUACCCCACCGCAAUCUGCUACCGGUAUAAUAUAUAUCCAAGAUGUCUGACAGAACCGGCUCCACCACCAACAACAACAACAACAAGUCCGGAGGUAAUACCAGCGGCGGUGCUCAGAUCACUGAAGCGAAAGCCAGCAUCAUCACCAGCCCAAGGAACAUCAACCAACUGAGUACCUGGGGCCAAUCCGCCCGAGACAGACGUCAGGGAGGUAACAAAGGAUCUGACAGUAAGGGACCAUCUGAUUCUCCUUCCAGGUAAAUGGGGAUGAUGAAAUGAAAGCUUGUCUGGCAAUUUGUUAUCCUGUCAUACCGGAUGGCCAAGACUUACCGACCGACCGAAUCCGGUCGGGUUGAUCGGAGCUUUUUUUUUUAUGGUCUGGACCCACAUACGAGAGUCUCACCCUGUCUUAUUCUUUCUUUCUGUAUGAUCGCUCCUUUAUCCGUGGGUCUGUUUUUACAAAGUAGGUUGCAGUGAUAUUCAGGGAGGGUCCCAUCUGAGUCUCCACAGGUCGUGGCAUCAUGGACUUUGAUGUUGCUUGCUUGGUUGCUUGCCUGCCUGCCUUGCUUGCUAUAUAUAUAGUAAGUAAACCCUGUGGGUGGGUGGAUUCAUGGGUAACUUUACUUUUGAGUAUGUCAUUGUGACUAUACUAUAAGGAAAGGAGUGGCAUCAUCCGACCUUAUACAUAGAUGCGAAGCAGUUACG